AUGAUGGACUACUCAUCAAUAACUUGUUUUCUCUCCAUUCCAGCGACACUCUCAGCUCAUCCAUAUCCAUUUCUUCAGCGGGUCUUGGCUGGUGGUGUCACUUUCAUCAGACAGACCGGACCGACCAACGACUCAAGCAAUAGCAGGCAUUAUCAAGGGUCAGGAAUUGUCAGGUAUGGAGGGGCAUGGAGGGGCAGCUUGUUCCCUUGGUUUCCAGCGAGAAAAAAAAAGUCAGCUACGGCACCUUAUCCCUGGCCCCUGCUCCUCAUUGCUGGCCUGCCCCUCGUUACAUCACUUUCGCAGCUACCCCCCGGUCACAGCAGCAGCACCAGGUCCGAUACCCCCGUCGACUCACCUUUUGCCUCCCAUUGCACGCUUUGCACGCUUUGCUCGCUCUCACACCUCUCACACACUGCCACUGCCACCUCUAUGCAACAUCUGCCCGUGGCGCCGUGGCACCGUGGUCCACUCCAAAUUCUCGGGCGUCUUUUUUUAUACACGACAUGCCACAAGGUUCAAACAGCUCAUUCGCACACCUCACCAUUCAUCCCGCGCCAAAGCUCCCACGGCCCCUCCUCCUCCGCCUCCCAUCCCCCCUAG